UCCACCUUAAUUUAUCACCGAAGAAGAAGAAGCACAAACGCGUGUUUCCUGUGUUUCAACUUCAUCGUGGAAGGGAAGGAGACUGUCUUGUGAGUAAUUUGUAUUCAGUGAGCAAAAGGGGCAAAAAUGGUUCGUAAAUUAAAGCACCACGAACAGAAACUGUUGAAGAAAGUAGAUUUCGUUAACUGGGAGGUGGACAACAACGUGCAUGAAGUCAAAGUGCUGCGGAGGUAUCGCAUCGAAAAGAGGGAGGACUACACCAAGUAUAACAAGCUGAGUCGUAACAUCAGAGAUUUGGCCCAGAAAAUCAGAGACCUGGACGAGAAAGAUGGCUUCAGAGCUCAGAGCUCACAUCGCCUACUGGAAAAACUGUACAGUAUUGGUCUCAUUCCCACCAAGCAAGACCUGUCCCUCACAGAGAAAGUCACAGCCUCUUCAUUCUGCAGGAGGAGACUGCCCAGCAUCAUGCUGAACCUUCGUAUGGCUCAAAACUUGAAGACAGCCAUCACCUUCAUUGAACAGGGACAUGUACGCGUUGGCCCAGACAUCAUCACAGACCCAGCGUUUUUAGUCACAAGAAAUAUGGAAGAUUUUGUCACUUGGGUGGACUCCUCCAAGAUCAAGCAACAUGUCAUGAAUUAUAAUGAGGAGAGGGACGACUUCGAUCUGGUGGCUUAACUAAGUUGUCAAACACUCAGGGCCCUGUAGGACAGGGAAUGGACAAGAAAUCUGCUCCUGUCAACUGGGGAGUAAAUAUCUCUACAACACAGGAGGCAACAGUUUGAAUCUCAUGUCAACUUGGAAACUUGGAUGGGAGGGGAGUCAAUGUUCUCACCUCAACAAGUUUUGCUUGGGAAAGGACAGAGGAAGCGCACUUCCUGGCUUUACAUUGUUCACUUAACACUUUUGUUUUUAUGUCGUCAAAAUGUGCAACUGCGAUCUACUGUUGACAGUUGAUCAUCCAUGUGAAAUAUCUGAGACUGAGGGUCAGGUCAGUCAUCUCAGUAACAUCACCAUUUUACUCUUUACUCCGAACCUGCUCAGCCACCAGUAGCACAAGAGCAAGCAUGGCGUCUCCGGUGUUUCCACCGUCACACUGGUUGUUCAGAGCAGCUUCCUUUGUCGAAUAGGUGUGAGUGAUCCACAUUGUUUUCUCUACAUAAUGUGUGUAACAUUUGUGUGAAUAUCAACUGGCUUCACACGGUCAAUAAGUGUGUGACCAUGGAAAUGCUGGUUUAUAAGUGUAUAUAUACAUGAGAAAGGUUUACAGCUGUAAAAUAUGAAUAAACAAUUUGAUAAAUAUUUAAUAUUUUCAGUAAGAUAUUGUUACAGUGUAAACUUCGUGAACAAUAAACAUUCUUUUGUCAGAGUAAUUC